CUACCCACUUGCAUGUACGUCAGUCACGGUGGCUUGUGUUUGUACCCAAAUGCAAUCCGGGGACUCGGGAUUUGACAUACUGAUACAAGGCGACUAAUCUGUUGGCUGGAGUCUUUGCCCAGACUCUGGUCUGGUGUGGGGGUUGAGUGUCGUGUGUCUGUGUGUGUUGUAUGUGCACUCGAUGUGCGUACGUAUACCCCAUACCAAACCGACAUAUAUGCAUACAUAUGUCGACAUGUCUGAGGCGAACUGCAAGCUAGAUCUGCAGGUCGUUCAUUACUUACCUGCCUGUCUAUCUGUAUGUGAUAUGGUGGAGGAGCUCCUUUCUAAACUUACUAGGUAUGACAACAGAUUCAUAUUGCAUCUUGCUGGCCCCCUUUUCCUUUUUCGAAUUAAAAUAGUUGCUUCUCCUUUCUCAUUCUUGUUCAACCCUAGCCCUACGGGCGCAUGCCAUGGAAUGCAUGAGUACCAUGGUUCAUCCAGCGCCCUGUGCGUUUACUCCUCAUUUCCCACUAACUCCCUGCCUCCUGAUAUCAUCCAAGGGUUUCUGCUGCUGCUACUACUACUACUACUACUGCAUCGCUGAUUUCUCCCCAUUUGCAUGCGUGCGCUGGCGC